AUGUUACAUAUUCAUUUUUAUGCAUGUAUAAAUGCAUAACUAAUAUGCUAUCUAUAAUUUGUGUACAUUGAUACUGGCGUGAUAAAUAGUGCUUCUUCGACGCGUGUGUUGGUCGUGUUAACACAUCAUUAAUAAACAUUGAAAUAUCACGAUGAAUUGGCGGAAAUUACGUGGUAUAGAGUACUUAAAGUACUCGAGCUAGGCUGUACUUUCCAUAAACACUGCGAAAUUUCAGAGGUUGUAAAAGAGCAAACCUAGAGUUUAAAUAACGCUGUGUUGCAAGCACGUUGCAUUAGGGUAACGAAACAUACAAUGAGGACAACUGUUUGUGUCUUUCUUUUUCUUUGCUACUUGCAGUAUGUACAAAGCUCAACAACUUACACUGUGUGUAAGACCGUCGAAUCUCUAUUUGAAAUCCAAUCAAGUCGCAAUCACAGCAGCUCCGUUGGUAAACCCGGGAAAAGAGGGCCGCGCGGACCACCAGGACCAAUAGGACCAGUCGGGCCCCAAGGAGAGCCCGGACAAAUCAAUCAAGAAGUUUUGAACGCAGCAAUUGACAGUCGCUUGCGUGCAAUACAAGAUCAGAUCGCUUGUUGGGACGGGUUGGUUCACAACGGUUACUGCUAUCGACUUUUGUUUCGCUCGGGCAGUGGAGUGAACUUCGCAACAGCAUUGCACUUGUGUCGUUAUCAUGGCGGUACAUUAGCUGAGGUCGAUUCCGAGCAAACCUACCGCGCAUUCUUCGCUUACGUUAAACGUAUCUGGACAAGCAUACAGCCCUAUGUACAAGUGUGGCUAGGAAUGACAUCGCAGAGAACGAAAACACGUCCUAUCUUACCCCACCCCACUAUACUAUACCUGCUUCCGCAGAGGGGUGUCGCUUACAUGUCCAAUGGUACGCGUGCUCCGUUUACUGAAUGGUAUCGAACUUACCCAAGAUCUGGAUCUACUUCGCUACAAAUGGCAUUUGAAGUUCCGAUAAUGCAUUCACGUUCAGAUAAAGGCAUGUUCGAUAUAGAUGUAACACAUGCUGCGCCUAAACCACUGUGCAGAUUCAAUCUAUAAAGGCUUGGAAAGAAGGUUAAAUGAUACCGUGAUGGUAAUGGGCGUGGUAUUGCGUUUAAAUGAAUAAAAAAUACCGAUUUCUUUAUUAAAAACAUUGCUUGCAUUUUAACGUUGUUGAAUAAAUCGUGAAUACCAUUUGUUUA